CCACUUGCCCUUGAUCUAUUUGCAGCUCAGACAACAUGCAACAUGCUGAUCCGCUGCAGCUCGACGCUGCACUCGAAGGCAGCGCCCGCCGUCAUGUCCCAGCUGCAGAGCGAGAUGCCCCAAUCUGAUCAUCGUCCGGCUGCGUACGAUGGACCCAGCUACGAGCGUAUACUGGAGACGCGCAAGAACCACCUGACGCCCAAUCUGCUGGCGCACUUCAAGAAGCCGCUGGUCAUCCAUGCGGGUCACAUGCAGUGGCUGUACGAUCACGAGGGUCGUCGCUAUCUGGACAUGUUUGGCGGCAUCGUAACCGUCUCCGUGGGUCACUGUCAUCCCAAAGUGAACCAGGCGCUGAGCGAGCAAAUGUCGAGGCUCUGGCACACGACCAACAUCUACAUGCAUCCCAAGAUUCACGAGUAUGCGGAACGACUGACGGCCAAGUUUCCGGGCAAGCUGAAGGCUGUGUGCUUCGUCAACUCCGGCUCGGAGGCGAACGACUUGGCCAUGCUGAUGGCGCGUCUGCACACGGGCAACCAGGACAUCCUGACCUUCCGCAAUGCGUACCAUGGCAUGUCGCCCUAUACGAUGGGCUUGACGGCUCACUCGACGUGGCGCUAUCCGCUGCCCGGUGUCAACAAUGGCAUACUGCACGUCAUGAAUCCCGAUCCCUACCAGGGCAUCUGGGGCGGCUCCGCCUGCCGGGACUCACCUGUGCAAACGACGCGCAGCUGCAGCUGCCCGCCGAACGAGUGCCAGGCCGGAGUGAACUACUACAACGAGCUGGAGCAGACCUUCAAGUACUCGCUGCCACGGGGCAAGGUGGCCGCCAUGUUCGCCGAGUCGAUUCAGGGUGUCGGCGGCACCGUGCAGUUCCCCAAGGGCUAUCUGAAGCGGGCGGCCGAUCUGGUGCACGCCAAUGGCGGCCUCAUCGUGGCGGACGAGGUGCAAACGGGCUUCGGCCGCACGGGCGACCACUUCUGGGGCUUCGAGGCGCACGGCUACAUGCCCGACAUUGUCACCAUGGCCAAGGGCAUUGGCAAUGGCUUCCCACUGGCCGCCGUUGUCACCACACCGGAGAUUGCCGCCAGCCUGGGCAUGGCGCUGCAUUUCAAUACCUACGGCGGCAAUCCCAUGGCCAGCGCCGUGGGCAUCUCCGUCCUCGAUGUGAUUGAGGAGGAGCAACUGCAGCGCAACUCCCUGGAGGUGGGCACCUACUUCCUCAACUGCCUCGAGGAGCUGCAGCAGCGCUACGAACUGAUUGGCGAUGUGCGCGGCAAGGGCUUGAUGAUUGGCGUGGAGCUCGUCAGCGAUCGGGAGACGCGUGCUCCACUCGCUGCGCCGCAUGUGCUGGACAUUUGGGAGAUGUGCAAGGAUAUGGGUGUGCUCUUUGGCCGCGGCGGACUGCAUGGCAAUGUAAGUUCCAGAACUCUG